CAGUAGUUUUAUUGUAGUUAACUUAUUUAUGUGUUUCAUUGGAAAAUAAGAAAUGAUUUCCACCAUUUUGGCGAACGGUUUGUUACUAGUCAUCCUUGGACCAAUCUCGAUUGAAGGCGGGCCCUCGGAUUUUUUGUAUAUAUCACCCAUGGAACAGGAACACGAGCAACAAUGGGUCGACGCUCAUAACCACUUUCGGCGGCAGGUGGACAAUCCCGAGGCCGCAGACAUGAGACUGAUGACCUGGGAUGACGAGCUUGCUGAAUUAGCUGAAAGCGUGGUGAAAACUUGCACGUACCAACAUUCCAGCGUCAGUAAACUACAGACGAGCUUCUUUUCUUACGCAGGCGAAAAUCUUUACGCUGGAUCGCAGUAUUAUUUCCACGAAUUAAUGGCAAACGAUGGUCUAACCAAACUUUGGUAUGAUGAGGAUAUUUUUUACAAUUAUACAACCACUGGCUGCCAGUCUGGAGAACAGUGUGGGCAUUACACACAAAUCGUUUGGGCGGAAACUUAUAAAGUUGGAUGUGCAAUAGCCCAAUGCAGUGAUAUCACAUAUGGACAUGGAUCUACAUUUGUCAGCUGUAAUUACGGUCCUGGUGGAAAUAAAGUAUUGGCAGGAGGUGCAGCGUUUCGUCCAUACAUCAGUGGAACACCAUGUAGCCAAUGUGGAACAGAGGAUCAGUGUAUAGAUAAGCUAUGCAAUAAUACAGAAAGAGAUGUUCCUUUCACUACAACGACAGUGGCACCUACAACAGUGGAGAUCACAACAGUUCAAGAAACGACGACUCUGUUAGCUACCGAAAUGGUGACAACUGUAAUGAACGAAACAGAUCGAGAUCUUGUCACAAGUACAGCGACGGAAGCUACGACUGUUGAGCGUACGACACCUUAUGAAACUCUAUUGACUACUGAAUUAACAACUUCUCUAACGAGUGAAAUAGCUGAAUUAACGACUAACGUUGCAACUGAACUACCUACUGCUGAAUUGACGAGUGUUUUAACGACUAACUUUGCAACUGAAAAAACUUCUGGAUUUACGAGUGUUUUCACAACCCUGCUAACAACUGGAAUAACUUCAACUUCAAAGGAGAUGAAUGCAACAUACCAAUCUACAACACCGUGUUCUGGAAAUACUUCUUGUGAAACUAAUAUAACUUCCACGUCCUCGUCGCGAAGUUGUCUUGUCACUGAAAGAGCCUCUAUAUUUUUAUAUUCCCUGCUUCCGCUUAUUAUUUGUAGAUUAGAUAUAUUUUAGGUAAUAUAUUUUGAGCAUUAUUUAAAUAUUCACAAUUCAACAUCAUAUGUGAAAUGUUUCUCUCACUAAAUUUUGUAAGAACAUUAGAAAUUAUUACAUAGCAGUGGUUCUUGUAUGUGCCCUCAUCGAAAGCGUCGUAGAAUCCGAUCCACGUAAUACAUGUUUUAAAAUUUGUUGUCGUUUAGACAAAAAUUGCUCUUAUGUUUCACUAUCACCCCAAUCGCUUCGAAUUUCAAUGUUUUUAGACGAAAUUGUCUCUUUCAAAUUAGUUAUUAUUUUUCUGCCUUUUAUCCAUGUACUUGAUCUGGCAAUACUGCUGUUGUCAAUGGCUAAAUUCUUUGAAUUUGAUGCAUUUAUGAGAUUGUAAUUUAGGGACAAAAAAUUUUGAUCUUGAUUUUGGUCUUGAGAAAUGUUUUAUAGUAAACAUAAAUUUAAAAACGAUGGCGACUAUUUCUGUCCUUACCUAUUUCACAAAUUGUAAUGGAGACGCUCGAGUCUAUAACUCAAAUCAUUUUGAGCUCUUGACUCCAUUUAUCAAAAAAGUGACUCGAUAUCCUCUCAAUGAAAUGACUCGUCUCAGUGAUUGACUCGACUCGGCACUCGAAUGACCCAUAUGGCGACCUAACUUGUGACCCGGGUUUAAAAAAUUCUAUAGAAAAAACGAUAUUUUAUUUGAUAAAUUAUACAUGUUACCAAAGUGCGACACUAUUUACAAUGUCACUCAAGUUUCAACGGGAUUUCUAGUCUAUGCAUAUUAGAUUAUUACCAAUGUUAGGCUCAAGGCAAAAGUAGUAUGUUUUCGUUUUUGUCAACUUAAUGCCCUAGGGCUCAGCGCGUCGGUCUUUUACUGUGUUGGCAUCAAAAAUGCGACUGAGUGUGAAUCUUCGUCUCUUAAAUUCCAUUUAGAGUUCAGCCAAAGCUGAGGUUGAACUUAUAGCCUACUAAGUUCUGUCAAAGUUAUUAAAAUUUUGAGUUUGUUUCUACAAAGAAUAGUUGCAAAUUCUGAUUCUGGUGAGUUUUGGUGAGUGAUAUUUUGGCGC